AGCCGUGACUGUAGAAGAAGAAGAAGAAUCAGUAGCAGCAGCUGCAGAAGAAGAAGAAUGAUGGUGGAGUAGAGCUGGGAAGAGAAGCUUGCAGUGUUAGCUUUGUGAAUUUGUGGAAUUCGCAGGAAGUCAGUUGUGUAGUCGUAGCACAAAUGGAUAUUUCAGUCGUCGAAGGAACAAUGACUUCAGCUCAGUGUUUGAGGGACUUUAUCAGCGGACGACUGACGGCUGCUGCUGAGGAAAUAUUUCAGGUCUUUGAAAAAACUGUCCUCCAGUACGAGGAGGAGCUCGCUCGGCAGCGCACACUGUUGGACAUCACCUGGAAACCCGAGAUAAAGUUACUCCGAAUAGACCUCCCUCAACAACGUGUUUGUAAGGAGGAGGAAGAGGAGGAGGAUCUCACUGACCAACAACUUUGUUAUCAGGAGGCGAACUCCAGUCUGGCGCAGGAGGAACCAGAUCCCCCACGGAUUAAAGAGGAACAGGAGGAACUGUGCACCAGCCAGGCAGGAGAGCAGCUUCUACUGAAGGAGGAGACUGAUAUCAUUAUGGUUACUCAGACUUAUGAGGAAAGUAAAUACAGUGAACCAGAACCCGACAGUGAACAGCUCCUUUUUGACAAUUCUCCUCUACCUGACAGCCAAACUGAGGAAGGACACAAACUUGUACAGCUAGAGUCGGCUGCAAAUUCAGAGCCAAAUGACAAACCUCACACAAACGAAAGUCACAGUAAUAAUGUACAUCACUCUCUGUCAGAAAGUCCUGACGCAGGGAAAAAUUCUUUUCACUGUGACUUUUGUGGAAAAGCCUUUCAGAAGAAGUCCCAAAUGCAGAAACAUAGCCGGACUCACACGGGUGAGAAGCUGUACCCCUGCAAAACAUGUGGGAGAAGUUUCACUCAUAGCACUUCCUUGAAAGUCCACAUGCGAAUCCACACAAGUGAAAAGCCGUACUCUUGCAAAAUAUGUGGGAAAAGUUUCAACAAUAGCACUUCCCUGACAGUUCACACCAGAGUCCACACAGGUGAGAAGCCUUACACCUGCAAAAUGUGUGGGAAAAGUUUCAGUCAAAGUUGCCAUUUGACUUCCCACGUAAGAACUCACACAGGUGAGAAGCUGUAUUCCUGCCAAACAUGUGGAAAAGGCUUCGUCAACAGCGCCGACGUGAAAAUCCACAUGCGAACCCACACGGGCGAGAAGCCGUAUUUUUGCGAUAUAUGCGAGAAAAAUUUCAUCCACAGUUCUCACCUGAAAGUUCACAUGAGAAUCCACACAGGUGAGAAGCCGUAUUCUUGCAAAACAUGUGGAAAGGGAUUCAGUAAUAGCAAUUCCUUGAAAGUCCACAUGAGAAUCCACACAGGCGAGAAGCCGUAUUCAUGCAAAGCUUGUGGGAAGAGUUUUAACCAAACUUGUCAUCUGACUGCACACAUGAGAACUCACACAAGUGACAAGCUGUUUUCUUGCAAAACCUGUGAUGAAAGUUUCAGUAACAGUGCCGACCUAAAAGUCCACAUGGAAAUCCACACGGGUGAGAAGCCGUGUUCCUGUAAAACAUGUGGGAAGAUAUUCAGCUAUAGGAGUGACUUGAGAGCCCAUAUGAGAAUCCACACAGGUGAGAAACCAUAUUCCUGCAAAAUAUGUGGGAACAAUUUUAGAUACACAACUUCCUUGAAAGUCCACAUGAGAAUCCACACAGGUGAGAAGCCAUAUUCUUGCAAAAUUUGUGGGAAAAAUUUUGUCCAAAGUUGUCAUUUGACUUCCCACAUGAGAAACCACACAAGCGAGGAGCUGUCUUCUUGUAAAACAUGCGGGGACACUUUCAGUAGUAGCGCUGACCUGGAAGACCACAUGAAAAUCCGCACAGGUGAACAACUGGACUCUGGCAACACAUGAAGGAGAAUUUUUAAUUAUUAGUUUUUUUUGCUGUCCACAUGAGAGCUCACUUAUAUUAGAAGCCUAAUAUAAGUGAGCGGGGGGGGGGG